AUUUGACAUUUUGUUUGAGGUUUGAGGUUAGGACUUUUGUUUUGAUUCAUUUUGGAGGGAAAAUUUUGUGUGUUGCCUUGCAAAACAAAAAUAAAAAAAUGCCUCAGAUUAAAAUAGAACGUGUGCUCAGUUUUACCAGCGAAGAUCCCACUCACAAUGCAAACAAUAUCCUAUCAACAGACAGCUCAAAGAAAUGGAAAUGCAAAACUGCAGGCGAGCAAAGCGCCUCCGUAGUCCUACAAUUAGACCAGCCCUACAAUAUAAACGGCAUUGACAUUGGCAAUGAAAAUUCAGCCUACGUUGAAGUCUUAGUAGCCCGUUCCAGCACCCCUGAGGAUUUUAAAGUUCUUCUAGUUAUGUCCUCUUUUAUGAGUCCAAUCGAAGCACGACAAAGUCAAAACAUCAAUAAAGUAAGAAUGUUCAAACAGGCCGAUUUGUCACAACCAGAACGAGAUGAGAAAUGGGAUAGAGUAAAAAUUGUCUGUACACAACCAUUUAACAGACACCUACAAUACGGGUUGAGUUUUGUUAAUUUGUAUUAUUCAGAUGGUAAAAGUUUAGAAAAACCUAAAACACAAACUACAAUAGGCAAAUUCACCCUUAGGCCUGAGUCACCCGACAAUAUAUCCAUAGGCAGUUUGUUUGCUAGGAAAAAACUACAGCCUGAAAACAGUGGGGAGUUGAAGGGAGCUGCUGCAAUUAGAGAAGCUACAGCUUUGGCACAUACAGGUUCACCUGCAACAAAAAAAAUUAAUUUAAAUCUUCCUAAGACACCUAAACUACAACAGAAAAUUACUAAUAAAGAUGACGACGAUGAUGAUUCUGGAAAGAAAAGGCAAGAAAGGCACAGGAAUGAGUUACUUUAUAGUAAAGAUGAAGAAGAUAAACAUGAUAAAAUUGAUAAGUUAAUUAAGCAAAAGGAGGAGGAGAAGCAAAAUGAAGAGGAAAAGGAAACAAUAUUGCAUAAACAAAAGGAUACUCCAAGCAAAGUCACCGAAAAGAAAAAAGGUAAAACUCCCAAGAAAACCCCUGUUGCUACAACUUCAACUAAACCUGAAACACCAAAACCAAAAGAGACUCUAAAAAGAAAACAUGACAAUUCAGAAGAACAGAAAAUUAAGAAACCGAAAAAAAUUGCUGCAGUAAAGCCCUUGGAAAAACCUGCAGGAAAACCCUUCGCAAAAUUACUAGAAGAUGUUGUUUUCAUAAUAAGUGGAAUUCAAAAUCCGGACAGGGCAAGCUUGAGAAGCAUGGCUCUGUCGAUGGGCGCCAAAUACAAGAAGGAAUGGGAUGGCACUUGUACGCAUUUAAUUUGUGCCUUCGCCAACACACCAAAGUUUAAUCAAGUUAAAGGAAAAGGUAAAAUUGUCAAAAGAAACUGGAUAGACGAGUGUUACAAUCAAAGAAAAAAAUUACCCUGGCGACGAUUUGCUUUGGACAAAGCCGACCGCGGGCCUGAAAGCGAAGAAGAAAUUUGUGAACAAGAUGACUCUCCUAUUCCAGCCCCAAAUUCGCCACCUAACGGAACUAAUUCUGAUUUGGACGAUGAUACAAGGGAACAAGGUUCUGAUACUGAGGAAAAGAUAGCCAAGUUAAUGAAAAAACAAGCUGAGCCCAAGUGUAAAAAACAUCAGAAGGAAUAUUGUGUGGACACAGAUAGUGAGCUAAUGAGUGACCAUAGUCAUAAUAAUUUGGAAUUCCAGAAUAAAUUUAAGGAUUUUUUUGAAAAUAAAAUAUUUUAUGUUGACGAACAGCUUGAUAAGGAUUUAGUGAAGACUAUCAAACAGUAUAUUGUGGCUUAUAAUGGAAUUCUCGUAGAAGAUCUAGAAGUAUCCAUAGACUUUAUAGUAACAAACACCUCCAAUUACAAAACGUUCAAAGACUUGUAUCCCAGCGCCCUCUGUGUUGCUCCAGACUGGAUAUGGGAAUGUCAUAAUUUACAAAAACUCAUGCCAACAGAGGAUUUUAUCUUCGCGUAAGACUUUGUAUAAUAAUGUACUGCUUAAUCAAUAGUUUAAAUAAAAGGCGAGGCCACUUAGUGUAUAAGUUUCUCGUAAAUUAACAUCACAUUCUACUUGUAAGUUGACAAUUUUCUGAUCCCUGUUUGAUGUUGUGUAUAAAGGAAAUUCUAAUAGGUCGUCAGUUUGUGUUUGACCCUAGAACAUGUUCAAUUAAAUAAAUAAAAUUAUUAUUAAAUUGACUAGAAUUUCACCUUUUCUAUCCAGCUUAAAUAACAAUUUGGAACCAAAUUGAUAGUUCCAGAGUCACUUUUACACUCUCUUAAAGUAUCAUUCUCUAGCAGACCCCCUUCAAUAAGUAGAUCGGAUAAAAUAAUUGCAUUUCCACUGGAACGGUUCCAAGUUGUUCUCAAAAUUAGGUCUUCUAGGGAGACUUGAGAUGACCUUAAAUAAAAAUUGCCUGUAAUGGUUAUUUUAUUUUCGCAGAGUCUUUACCUGGCAAAAUCUUGCUUCGUACAAGCCAGAUAUGUUUCCGGAUUGAAAAACAUUGAUAAUUUCACAGGUUGUUUCAUUAAAUUGUCAAUGUUGGCCGAUUUCCAUUGCGACAAAAAUAUAGUUUUUUGUAGGACCUCUUGUAAGUAUUGACUGGGAUCUUUUGGCCCGUUCCAAACAUCAAGCCACGAUUUUGGAGUCUGAAAUUUUUGCAUUUUAUUAACAUUUGUCUGAAUAAAUUGCUAAUUUACCUGAGAUUUUAAAAUACAUUUAGCCACUUCAAUAUAGUUAUCAUCCGCUUCGAUAGUGCCUUUUGAUAUUUUAUUUAAAAUCAUGAAACAUUUAUGUAUAAUUUGUAUUAGGUUUAUUCCUUUUGCGUAUUCGUCAUAUACAAAACCUUCUAUGGCAGAAUCGCCUGUAUAAGUGUUGGAAAAACUUAGUUUUACAAAAUCCUGGCCUUGAUUCAAUUUUUUCCAUUUGUUGAAGUAGGGAUAUAAUUCCUUAAAAUUAAUGUCCUUGGGGGUUUGGUUUUGGUAAAAUCCUUUUAAUUGUUGAAUUAAUUUCAAUGAUAAAUGAUUUUCUCUUGCUUCAUCAAUGUUUUCUGGUAAACCAAACAUAGACGGAUGAUCUUUGUUUGGAAAUUGUUUAAUAAUUUGUAAAU